UUAGACGACCUUCCUAAAAAGAAUAUUUUCUACCGCACUGGCGGUGAUGACAGUUUGCGACGUGAUGAAUUGACAGAUAUCACUUAACACCGAAUUGUUGGCAGGUCAGCCACGCGAAUUAUUUCGAUUCAUCUUUUUUACGAACCGGUUAGCAGAUUCGAGUUAAAUAUACAUCACCCAAUAACAAAUAUACAUCCAGAAGGAUUUUUGAGUUGUUGGAGGUUAGGGAUAAGCAAGGUUAGGAUACCAGAAAUGUAAGUCCUUAAAUUGUAACCAGCUCAUAGAACAUUAUGAACUUAUCCUUUAUAAUAUAGUUUUUAGCAUUAUUACCGUCGAUCGGAGUUGCUCAAAAAACGGAACCGAAAAUACCUUUCCUACCUCAACAAACUAAAAAAUUUCUGAACGAUGUUAUCGAGCAAAAAGGUGCCGGCCCGUGAAGGGUACAAUUGCCAGGCUUGCAAAGAGAAAGAUACCGAAGAAAUGGUAGCAUGUGACCGUUGCGAUAGUUGGUGGCACUUCGCUUGCGUUGGAGUAAGCAGCAGCAUAAGUGAACGAAGUUUCGUGUGCCGGAACUGCCAGCCCGUUCCUGAAGAUACUGCUACGGCGAUGCCGGAAGAUACCGUUCGCCAGGCCGAAGUUACUGAACAUUCUCAAGGACCAGCAGCAAUAUCGGUGGUAGGUUCUACCACCUCAAUCUCCCGUACCAGAACCAAGUUGACUCUCGAGAGACUCGAGGCGGAGCGAGAGCUGAAAAAGAAACAGCUAGAUUUGGAACGUCGAGCCCGUGACGUUGAGUUAGAACUGCGGCAACUGGAGGUGGACGAACAAUACCACAAGGAGAGGUUUCGUUGCCUAGAAGCGGAUAUUAUUGAGGACGAUGCUCGAAGUAGUCGGUCAUCUGUUUCAACCAGUAUACAGAAAGUACAGCGGUGGCGUUGCGCGCCCAUGACGGCAAGUUCAACUUUGGCCCAAGUUGCUACAGGUUUAAAGGACACAGGUAUUCCGGCAAGAAACAUUGAAGGUAGGCCAGUUAUCAAUAAGUUGACUAGACAGAGUGAAGUAGGCGAGAAUCAGGUCGCUAGCAAGACGGGAGCGAUUCCCAAAAGAACUAGAGAGUUAGUAGAGGCCAAGUCAAGUUCCGGCCAGGUGAACCAAGGCACUGGAAAUUCCUUUAAGGCACAGUUGAUGUCUUUCGACAUUUCGCCAAUUCGCGGAGCAAAUAACACUAUCGUAUCUCCCAACGAACUAGUCAAUACUAACCCGAAUUCGCAACCAAAUAAACCAGUUCAUUCCUUUGCCGUACAUCCGGGUACUGAGGGCGAGGUCAACGCGACGACGCGUGAACAGCCAAACGUGGUGAUUCGUAAGAACCAUAGUGAUGAAGUGGGUUUUAACUGCAGAGGUGAAAGAGUGAGAAACAAUGGACGCUAUGAAAAACGGCCCGAUGGAGCCGAGGAUCCUUCUGGCUUCCUUCUAAGCGGACGCUGGAAUGGAAACGACGAUUAUACAACGGGAUUCAUUCGUGCGGAUCUUGAUUCCAAUGAAUUCGAUAGAGAGGAGCCUCAAGAACAACGGAGAAGACUUGGACCUACCACUCAACAAUUAGCUGCGAGACAAGUACUCAAGGAUCUCCCGCAGUUCUCGGGUUGUCCCGACGACUGGCCGGUGUUUAUAUCGACGUAUCGAACUACUACCAAAGCCUGUGGGUUUUCAGAGGAAGAAAAUUUCAUGCGAUUGCAACGCAGUCUUACGGGCCCAGCGAAGGAAGCGGUUCGCGGCGAGCUUCUCGUACCGGCAGGUGUUCCUAGUGCGCUGGAUACCUUGGAAACAAUAUACGGGAGGCCUGAGUUGUUGGUGCACACCUUAUUGCACAAAGUGAGAUCUGUUCCGGCUCCUAAACCCGAUAAAUUUGACACCUUGGUUACCUUUGGGAUAGUUGUCAAAAACCUUUGUGCGGUCCUCAUAGCGACCGAUCAGGAAGCUCACCUUAACAACCCGUCACUCUUAGUCGAAUUGGUGAACAAACUGCCUUACCAUUUACAACUAGAUUGGGCAAUAUACAGACAACGGAGUUCCAGAAAGGAUAUACAGGGAUUCGCCUCGUAUAUGUCAAUCAUAUCAUCGGCUGCUUCGGACCUUACUUUACGAAUCGAUUCGUUUGAAACUAAACGAGGCGGUCGAAACCAAAAUAACUUCUGUGGGGCUCAUGUUACCGAGGAAACGUCGUACGAAGUAGGACUGGAUACGAUCAGCGACGAAGGAAGUACACCAACAGGGGUUCAGAAGAAACCGUCCUUGAAAUACCAACCCAAGUGCCUUAUAUGCCAGAAACCAGAUCAUCGCUUGAAAGAGUGUCCGGAUUUCCAGAAGUUAGCAGUUGACGACCGAUGGCAAAAAGUUCGAGAACUAAGGGUUUGCUGUAUAUGUCUAGGGUGUCACGGGCGGAGGCCUUGCAAAUCAACAAAGCUUUGUGAAAUCGAAGGAUGUAGGUGGAAACACCAUAUUUUGCUACAUGCUCGAUCCGAGGCUCGCGCAGAAGCGAUGGUGGAGACGGAGGCUGUCACCAACCAUCAUCACGGUGGCCGCUCAACCUUCUACAGGAUUUUACCGGUAACGCUUUUCGGGCGAGGGGAGCCAGUUGAGGUUUACGCAUUUGUAGACAACGGUUCAUCAGCGACAUUGGUAGAGGAGGAGGUUAUACGGAAAUUGGACAUCGAAGGAGAAACUGUACCUCUCUGCUUACAGUGGACCGCAGGUGUGACAAGAAACGAAGAAAAAUCACGACGUGUAUCGAUCCAAGUGAAAGGGUCCACAAAGCAGCAGAAAUUCACGAUCAAGGCUCGUACUGUGGGAACUUUAGAUUUGCCCCGCCAAACGAUACGCAUUGCAGAGUUGGCCGCCCAGUUCCCGCACCUUCAGGGCCUGCCGAUAAGUAGCUACGAGGAUAUUCGACCGACGAUCCUUUUAGGAAACGAUAACGCGUUCGUGACUGUAACUCAGAAAAUUCGAGAAGGGGCACCAGGAACUCCAAUAGCAGCUAAAUGUCGUUUAGGCUGGUCAAUAUACGGAGCUUCAGGUAGAGGAAAACUGCAGUCCAGUUUACACGUUCACGAAUGUGCGUGCGACCGGGAACUCCACGAUCUUGUGAAGAAACAUUUCCAUGACGAAAGUAGGAGCUGGCAGAAGGUGGACAGUCCCUUAUCUGUGGAAGAUGAACGAGCGUAUGAGAUCCUGAAGGCUACCACAAAGCGCGUGGGUGAACGAUUUGAGACUGGACUCCUGUGGAGAUUCGACGAUUUCGAGUUCCCCGACAGCCGACUUAUGGCGGAGCGACGACUUUUGUGUCUAGAGAGGCGCAUGAAGCGGAGUUUGGAGAUAGGUGAUAGUGUCAGAAGACAAAUGGUUGAGUACGUCAACAAAGGUUAUAUUCAUCUAGCCACGGAAGAGGAGCUCACCAACAUCGAUCCAAGAAGGAUAUGGUACUUACCGUUAGGUGUGGCACUUAACCCUAAAAAACCAUCUAAGAUUCGCAUAUUUUGCGACGCAGCGGCGAAAGUGGAUGGCAUAUCGCUGAACACUAUGUUGAUACCUGGACCAGAUAUGUUAACAUCCCUCCCACGGAUAUUGUUCGGAUUUAGAGAGAAGGCCAUAGCUAUAUGCGCCGAUCUGCGCGAGAUGUUCCACCAAGUGAAAAUUCGGAAAGCUGAUUGUAACUCUCAGCGCAUAUUAUGGAGGGACGACCCGAGUGAACCUGUAAAAACUUAUAUAAUGAGCGUGGCGACCUUUGGAUCCGCAUGUUCACCGAGCUCUGUACAAUUCGUGAAGAACUUAAAUGCGAGAGAACAUGCACGUGAGUAUCCCCAAGCGGCGGAAGCGAUUAUCGAGCAUCACUACGUCGACGAUUGGAUGGACAGCGCGGAUACGACAGAGGAGGCUGCCAAAUUGGCCAGCGCAGUAGAGUAUGUGCAUAAAAAAGGCGGUUUCCAAAUUCAUAACUGGCUCUCAAACUCCGAUGCCUUCCUGAAACUUGUCGGAUCAGAGUUAGCUGCCGAAGUAAAGGUUUUACCUUCCGAUAAAGAUUCAACCCAACGGGUUUUAGGAAUGCUGUGGCGACCCACUGAAGACGUUUUCAUCUUUGGUUCAGUUCCCGUGCGCGAAGGUGUUCAUCCGACUAAACGCGAAAUUUUACGGACUGUAAUGUCGCUGUUUGACCCAUUAGGUUUUCUAUCGUUCUUCAUCAUCCAUGGCAAGAUAAUCAUACAGGAUCUGUGGAGAGCUAAAACGGAUUGGGAUACGAGAAUUCCAGAUCAAAUACAUCGUAAAUGGCUAGAGUGGACGGAACACUUCCGAGAUUUGCAGAACGUUCGAAUUGACAGACAUUAUUUCGGAAAAAUGAAAUCGAAACAGACAGGCAACAUUCAGCUGCACGUCUUCUGCGACGCGAGCGAACUUGCGUACGCAUGCGUGGCGUACUUUCGAGUAAGGAUUGGUGGAGAGAUUCGAUGUGCUCUUGUAGCUGGGAAAUCAAAAGUCGCACCCCUCAAAACCUUAUCUAUACCCCGCCUAGAACUUCAGGCAGCGGUGGAGGGUGUACGAAUACAGAAAAGUAUAAUGGAAACGCAUAGAUUGACCAUCGAAAGCACGACAUUUUGGAGUGAUUCACGAACUGUUUUGUCCUGGAUUCGCUCAGACUCUCGACGUUACCGGCAAUAUGUCGCCUGCAGAGUUGGGGAGAUUUUGUCUAACACGAAUGCUGAGGAUUGGCGGUGGGUACCGACAAGAGAAAAUGUAGCCGACGACGCCACGAAGUGGGGCCGUGGAUUAGACUUCACUCCGAGUUCUCGGUGGUUUCAAGGACCAUCCUUUUUGUAUCACGAAGAAGGAGAUUGGCCUGCAGAGUCCGUGACUGAGGUCGAAACUGAAGAGGAAUUGGAAGAGUGUUUAGUGCAUGAAGAGGUCCAGAAACAACAAAUGGUCGAUUGGAUAAGCUUCUCGAAAUGGAAACGAUUGUGGCGCACCGUGGCCUUCGUACGUCGGUUUUGCUUCAAUUUUCGCUGCAAGAUGAAGGGCCUACCUGAUGGGCUCCAUGGGCCGCUGACGAAGGAGGAACUAGUGAAGGCUGAACAGACAGUCCUUCGUUGGGUUCAGAAGGAGUACUAUCCGGUGGAAUACCGCUGGCUCAAGGAAGCAACACAGGGUAAGAUACGAAAAUACGAUGGUAACAGUCCGUUGGCCAAGUUGUCCCCGUGUUUGGACCAAAAUGAUAUCAUACGGCUAGAAAGCCGAAUUGUCGCUGCAUCGUACGCGUCCUUUGACGCCCGAUAUCCGAUAGUCCUACCUAAACAACACCGAGUGACCCAACUCAUAGUAGAGGACUAUCAUGAUAAAUUUCUCCAUGCAAACAAAGAAAUGGUCGUUAACGAGCUACGACAACGAUUUCACAUCGGAAAUCUUCGGAACCUGGUGAAACAAGUUUCGAAAGAAUGCCUUUGGUGCAAAGUUCGGAAACCACAGAUCGCAAUGCCUCGAAUGGCACCUCUACCAAAAGCAAGACUUCAAGCAUUUGUACGGCCCUUUACCUUCGUAGGGUUGGAUUACUUUGGUCCUAUGAAUGUGCGAAUUGGAAGAAGCGUAUCAAAAAGAUGGGUUGCCCUUUUUACAUGCCUGACGAUCAGAGCAGUAUGUUUGGAAGUUGUACAUUCGCUAAGCACCGAGUCGUGUAAAAUGGCGAUACGACGUUUCAUCAGUCGACAUGGCUCACCGCAGGAGAUCUACAGCGACAACGGGACAAAUUUUGUGGGAUCUGCCAAUGAGUUACAGAAAGCGAUAGAUCACGGUGAUAUUUCUGAAAGUUUUACCAACAGCUCUACAAAAUGGAUCUUCAACCCACCCGCAGCUCCUCACAUGGGUGGAGCGUGGGAACGACUCGUGCGAUCCGUGAAGACUGCUAUGGCCGCCAUGCUGACCACCAAGACGCCGGACGAGGAAACCUUUAUCACCAUAGUUCGUGAAGCUGAAGGAGUAGUAAAUACCCGACCGUUGACCUUCAUUCCGAUAGACGACGAAACAAGCGAAGCUCUGACGCCGAACCACUUUAUGAAGCUAAGCUCCAGCGGUGUUUCUCAACCAUCGAGACCAUUAGGAGAUGAGCGAUUAGCCCACCGGGAUAAUUGGAAUCAUUUGAAUGUAGCAGUUGAUAAUUUUUGGAAGAGAUGGGUAAAAGAAUACCUACCUAGCAUUGCACGGCGUACUAAGUGGUUCCGGGAUACUCCACCGAUUGAGGUAGGAGAUUUAGUGAUGAUUGUUAAUGAAACGGAGAGAAACGGGUGGAUUCGAGGUCGGGUGAUUCGUGUGGCGGAUUCCAAAGAUGGGCGACGUCGGAGGGCUUCCGUACAGACGGACAGGGGAAUCUUACAAAGACCAGUAUCCAAGAUUGCACGCCUAGAUAUAGAUCCCGGUAAGGAAAGAUCCUCGAAGAGCUUCUCUGACCUUUCUUACGGUCGGGGGGAUGUUGCGGACUCCAUGAACGGUCUUUAGACGACCUUCCUAAAAAGAAUAUUUUCUACCGCACUGGCGGUGAUGACAGUUUGCGACGUGAUGAAUUGACAGAUAUCACUUAACACCGAAUUGUUGGCAGGUCAGCCACGCGAAUUAUUUCGAUUCAUCUUUUUUACGAACCGGUUAGCAGAUUCGAGUUAAAUAUACAUCACCCAGUAGGUAUCAAUAAACGUUUAUUUACCACUAGUUCUAAUAAAACCCCACUUCCGCGAUUUAGAUAACAAAUAUACAUCCAGAAGGAUUUUUGAGUUGUUGGAGGUUAGGGAUAAGCAAGGUUAGGAUACCAGAAAUUUUUUAGCAUUAUUACCGUCGAUCGGAGUUGCUCAAAAAACGGAACCGAAAAUACCUUUCCUACCUCAACA